AUGUAUCGUUUCUCAUGGUACUCCCUCAUCACACCGUUACUGGCGACGGUGACAGCACAAGGUCGGGAUGACAACCAACAGCCAUUGGCGAACACGUUCGACCAUAAAGCUUGUCCAGACUACGCCAGCUAUGCUGCCUUCCCCCAUCCCCCCCUCACCAAGGGGCCCCUCAAACUCCCCUUCCAACGACCCAACCCCCGCUGUCGGACGUUCCACUCAGAUGCGAUUGAAAAAGUCAUCAACGAUAUCACCUCCCGAAUGAAGGACCCCGACCUCGCUCGUCUGUUCGAAAACGCCUUCCCCUCUACCACCGAUACAACAGUCAAGUUUCACACGGAUGGGAAGGAUGAGAAGAUCAAGCAGAAGCUACGCAGCCGGAAGGAGAAGGAUUCUUGGGUUGACGAGGGGGAAUGGGCGGGGCCUCAGUCUUUUAUCAUCACGGGCGACAUCCUGGCCGAGUGGCUGCGGGACAGCACCAACCAGCUGAAGCCGUACCAGGCGCUGGCGACAAAGGACCCAGCCAUCUUCAACCUGAUACUGGGCGCCAUCAACACGCAGAGCGAAUACGUGAUUCAGUCCCCAUACUGCAACGCCUUCCAGCCACCCCCCAUUUCCGAACUCCCCGUGAGCUACAAUGGGCAGGACGACGCCGUGCACCCAAUCUACGAGCCCACUGCCGUCUUCGAGUGCAAGUACGAGCUCGAUUCGCUGGCCCACUUCCUCGCCUUGGCCAACGAAUUCCACCGCCACACAGGUAGCAGAGACUUUCUAAAUCCGCGCUGGUACAAGGCUGUGGAGACAGUUCUCUCCGUCCUCGACGCUCAAAGUCAGAGCACCUUUGAUUCGGAAGGCUCCUACCGGCAAAACGCCUACACCUUCCAGCGCAAUACCAACACGGGCACCGAAACCCUCAACCUCGAGGGUAUCGGCAACCCACUGAACAAUGAGACUGGCCUCAUCCGCUCAGCAUUCCGGCCCAGUGACGAUGCGACCAUCUUCGGCUUCUUCAUCCCGGCCAACGCGCAAAUGGCCGUGGAGCUGAAGCGGACGGCCGCCAUCCUCCGGAAGUCCACGGCGUCGCCCACCGACGCCCAGCUGGCGCAGACGCUCGAGGACUGGGGUAAGCGCAUCACUGACGGCAUCCACGAGCACGGCGUGGUUAGCCACCGCAAGUACGGCGACGUUUUCGCCUACGAGGUCGACGGCUACGGCAGCUCCCUGCUCAUGGACGACGCCAACUACCCGAGCUUGUUGGCCCUGCCGCUGAUGGGCUUCGUCGCCGCCGAUGACCCGACGUAUCAAAACACGAGGCGCAUGUUGUUGGAUAAGGCUGGGAAUCCGUACUUUCUGACCGGACAGGCCUUCAAUGGGAUUGGAGGACCGCAUAUUGGCCUGCGGAAUGCGUGGCCCAUGAGCCUGUUGGUGCAGGCGCAGACGUCAGAUGACGAUGAGGAGAUUAUGGGGUGCUUGCAGCUAGUGCUCAACUCGAGCCUGUUGGGGCUGAUCCAUGAGAGCGUCAACGUAAAUUUCGUCCACUCGUACACCCGGAGUUGGUUUGCCUGGGCCAACGGAGUUGUUACGUUGGUCUUGGGGUUGUUCUGA